AUGCACUCCAUACUUCCAGGGAGCUUCAUUGUCUUACAAGCUAUUGGACUUUGGAAACCAACAGAAUACAACAACUCACCAAUACUUAACUAUUACUAUAGACUUCGUACAUUCAUAACAUUUUUUUUAAUAUAUUCAUUUACAAUAACUGGUAUUACUGGAUUAAUUCUAACAACUAAAAAUAUUAGUGAUGUUACAAAUGACUGUUUUAUUUUACUCUCGAUUUUUGCUAUUUGUGGUAAAAUAGCUAAUAUUCUAUGGAGCCGUAAUAAAAUUAUUUGGAUAAUAGAUACACUUAAUAGUGAGCCAUGUAAACCGAUAAAUAAUCAUGAGAUAAUUAUUCAACAGAAAGUUGAUCGUCUUAUCUGGCAUAGUACACUUGUUUAUGGAAUAUUAACUGAAAUUACAGUAUUUAUGGUAACGUUCGGUACACUUUUAUUACAAUUACCUAUUGGUACCCUACCAUACAAUACAUAUCUACCAUGGGAUUAUUCACACGGUUAUUUGUACUGGGUUGCUUAUGGUUAUCAAAUAAUAAGUGUCUGUUUGUCGGCUAAUUCAGACAUAGGUUUUGAUACACUUGUUCCUGGAUUAAUGUUACAAAUAACCGCUAAAUUAGAAAUAUUAAAGUAUCGUUUUAUAAAUUUGGUCAAUACUCUUAAAUUAACCCAGUGGAAUGGUGUUAAUAAUAAGAGUUACAAUAAUUUUAAAAUUGAAAACAAAUUAAUUGCGGAUUACGUCAAGUGCCAUCUUAUUAUACUUAAAUUAGCUGAUACAAUAAAUAAGACAUUUGAUAAAGUUAUAUUACUUCAAUUUUUUAUAAGCUCAAUUGUAUUGUGUAUCAGCGUUUACAAUUUAGCAUUUUUAAAUGUUUUUACAACUGAAUUUACUAGUAUUAUACUUUAUCUAUGUUGUAUGCUAAUGGAAAUUUUUAUUCUUUGUGCAGCUGGUAAUCAAGUUACAAUAGUGAGUUCAACAUUAAGUGACGCUAUUUAUCAUACCGAUUGGAUUAAUUUAGACACAUCGACUGUUAAAAGUUUAAUGAUUAUAAUGAAUCGUGGAUUAAAACCAAUUAUAUUUUCAAGUGGGCAUAUUAUUAAAAUAUCAUAUGAUUCUUUUAAAACGUUGAUUAAACUAUCUUACUCAUCAUACAACGUACUACAAAGAACUUGA